GGACAAAACUACAGCAGCGCUCUGGUGGAGGAUCCACCCGGACGUGCUAUCCCGGGGUCUCCGGGCCUGUAAGGCCGCAAGGUCGCUCUGGGUACGCGCCCCUCGCGGGCUAUCGGGGUCCAGGCAGGGGCGGGGCGCGCCGCGCGCGUUUCCGGGAGGAGCGGCCCGCCUGCGGCAGGUGCGGCGGCGCGGCUCGCAGCACCUCCAAGAGCCAAGGCUCGCUCCUAUGGCCAGCCCUGGGCUGCCUGGAUCUGGGGAGGGCCAGGAGGGAGAGGAGACAACAGGGGUCUCGGCAAGGCAUGGAGUAGAGGUGCUGCAGCAGGCCCAGGAACUCUUCCUACUAUGCGACAAGGAUGCCAAGGGCUUCAUCACUCGUCAGGAUCUGCAGGGUCUGCAGAGUGAUCUUCCACUUACGCCUGAACAGCUGGAGGCUGUAUUUGAAAGUCUGGACCAGGCCCACACUGGCUUCCUCACAGCCCGGGAGUUCUGUCUAGGCCUGGGGAAGUUUGUGGGGGUGGAGUCGGCCCCAGGUGGGUCCCCCUUGAGGACUUCUGAGGAAACCUUUGAGUCGGGCACAGGGGGCUCUCUGGAGGAGGAGGAGGAGGAUGUUGAGACAUUCUACACUUCCUUGGAGAAGCUAGGAGUGGCCCGGGUCCUGGGCGAGCAAUGGGCUGUGAGAACCCUCUGGGUCGGGCUGCAGCGCGAGCGACCUGAGCUGUUGGGCUCUCUAGAGGAAGUUCUGAUGCGCGCAUCGGCCUGCCUGGAGGCGGCGGCCCGGGAACGCGAAGGUCUUGAGCAAGCGCUGCGACGGCGGGAGAGUGAACACGAGAGGGAGGUGCGCGGACUGUAUGAAGAACUGGAGCAGCAGCUCGGGGAGCAGCGACACCGCAGGCAGAGCCAGAACCUACCCCGGGAGGAACAGAGGGGCCACCUGGAGCUGGAGCUGCAGACCCGUGAGCAGGAGUUGGAGCGCGCAGGCCUGAGGCAGCGGGAGCUGGAACAGCAGCUGCAGGCCCGGGCUGCAGAACAGCUAGAGGCACAGGCCCAGCACAUCCAGCUGCAGAGGGCCUAUGAGGCCAUACGGGCACAGCUGGACCAGGCCCAAGAGCAGCUCAGUCGACUGGAGGGCGAAGCACAGGGUCGGCAGGAGCAAACCCAAAGAGAUGUGGUUGCUGUCUCCAGGAAUAUGCAGAAAGAGAAACUCAGCCUCCUAAGGCAGCUGGAGCUGCUGAGGGAGCUGAAUCUGAGGCUUCGAGAUGAGAGAGAUGCCUGUGAGACCAAGCUGCUGGGCAGUAGCCACAGGAAGGCUCUAGCUAUUGCCCACAAGCCCGGACCCAUCUACUGCUGCUGCUGCUGUGGCUGGGCUCGGCCCCCCAGACGAGGCUCUGGCCAUCUUCCUAGUGCCCGAUGACCAGCCCCGAGUGACUCACUUCCCUAUCCAGAGGACUGCCCCUAGGAGGGACUGGUCUUGGUGGCGGAUACUUGCUAAGUGUGUGGCUCUACCCAGAAGGCAUCCCAUGCCUGAAGGAGCUAACCUCAGAGUAGUCAAGGCCUUCAGUCCUUCAGUCUUUAUCCUGUCUUCCUUUUUUUUGGGGGGGGGGGUUUCGAGACAGGGUUUCUCUGUGUAGCCCUGGCUGUCCUGGAACUCAUUCUGUAGACCAGGCUGUCCUCGAACUCAGAAAUCCGCCUGCCUCUGCCUCCCGAGUGCUGGGAUUAAAGGCGCGUGUGCCACCACGCCCGGCUAUCCUGUCUUCCUUAAUCUUUGUCUGAAGGACCAAUAAAGGCCAUUGUAUACUGUGUA